AUGGCGCAGAACCUGUACGGUCCGGGAGUGCGAAUGGGCAACUGGAACGAGGACAUCUACCUGGAGGAGGAGCGCAUGAAGGACUUCUUGGAGAAGAGAGAAAAGGGACAGCUUCUCAUACAGAGAAAUAGGAGACUCAAAGAGAAUCUUUUGAGACCGAUGCAGCUUUCCAUCACGGAGGACGGGUACCUUCGCUGUGGUGACAAAGUGAUGCUUGUGAAUCCAGACUACCCUGAGACAGAAGCUGAUUUGGUUUUGGGCGGGGACCUGAGCCUCUGCAUGACUCUGGAUGAAAUUAAAUCGCCCCUGAGUGACCAGUUAGAGGUGCCCUGUGGGCUGAGCGCAGCUCGAACCAAGAUCCCUGUUGGCAGAAACACUUUCAUCAUUUUGAGUGCAGACAGAAACGCCAUGGGCCAGGUCCUUAGAUACGGACAGAACUUCUGCCUUGCGACGACGGGAGGAUUUGAAGACAGAAUGCUGUAUUUAUCCAGUGACCACAGGACCCUGCUGAGGUCAUCAAAGAGGUCUUGGCUCCAGGAGGUGUACCUGACCGAUGAGGCCUCCUACCUGAACUGCUGGCAGGCCGCCUUCCUGGACCCCCAGCUCCGCCUGGAGUGCGAAGGCUGCCCCGUGCUGGCAAAUGCAAAAAUUAUCCUCAAUCACUCCCAAACGAACCGGGGGCUGGCAGCCCACAGACACCUGUUCUUAAGCGGCUGUUUCGGAAAGGAAGUGGAAGUGGCUGCUCACACACACCUGGAUUCGCACCGAGUCGAGAAGCCGAGGAACCACUGGAUGCUGGUGACUGGGAACCCCCGGAGAGACUCGUCCACCAUGCUGGACGUGCCCAAGCCGCCGGCGGAGGACGCCCGAGCCCCGGAGCAGGAUGCCCGAGCCCCGGAGCAGGACGCCCGAGUCCCGGGACAGGGCGCGGACCCCGGGGGGCAGUGA